AUGACCAGAGAACAAAUUUCGGUUGCUUUCGUUUGCCUCGGGAACAUUUGCCGCUCGCCUAUGGCCGAGGCAGUCUUUGCAAACCUUGUUAAGGAAAAAGGACUUCAAGAGCGAUUCGCAAAGAUAGAUUCUUUCGGUACUGGGGGCUGGCACAAAGGUGAAGAUCCAGACUCACGUUCAGCCGCCACAUGUCGAAAGCAUGGGGUGCCCGUUAAUCAUAAAGCUCAGCAGAUCAGGGGCCAUCACUUUGACGAUUUUGAUUACAUCAUUUGUAUGGAUGACAUGAACUUAAGAAACUUAAAAAGGUUGAAGCCUUCGGAUUCAAAAGCUAAAAUUUACCAGUUUGGACACUGGAAUAAGAACGGCAAGUUCAGAGAUAUUGUGGAUGACCCCUAUUACGGCGGUGAGGAUGGUUUCGAAUACAAUUUCAAACAAAUUCAAUACUUUAGCGAACAAUUUCUAGAGGCUGAGUUGUAA